AGCAUCCAGCACAACCGUAGCUUCUUCUUCCUCGAAAACCCGAGGCUUCUACAUUCACGUCCCCUCUGAAAAACUAUAUAUAAUCCCCGUCUACACCCAAACAAUCCUCUCCUUAAACCAAACUCAUUUUUCAUUCAACAAUUUACCAAAUUCUCAACGAAAUUGCGGCAAAUAUGACUCGCGCCUCCAAGAGAAAAUCUGACAAUCAAACCUCUUCCCCUAUCAAAACUGCCCGCGUCGACUCUGUUCGUUCCGCAUCCAGCAGAGCUGGAAAGAAAGUGGACGAACGUAUUGAUGAACUUUACACAAAAUAUGUUAAUCAGUCAUCGUGUGUGAUCGAUCCAGAAGGGGUUGAAGCAUUAUGCUCUGAUUUAAAGGUGGACUGUACGGAUGUUAGGAUAUUGAUGCUAGCUUGGAAAAUGGAUGCACAGAAGCAGGGAUAUUUUACUCAGGAUGAGUGGCGAAGAGGCUUGAAAGCUCUUAAGGUUGACACAAUACCUAAACUGAAGAAGUCAUUGCCAGAACUUGAGAAAGAGGCCUUGAAGUCAGAGAAUUUUGUUAGUUUCUACAGAUAUGCCUUCCGUUACUGCCUAACAGAGGAUAAUAAAAAGUGUCUAGACAUUGAGACCGCAUGUGUAUUAUUACAACUCGUUUUAGGGGUCCAAUAUCAGGCCCAGGUAGAUUCAUUCAUUACAUUUCUUAAGAGUCAAAGUGAGUAUAAGGUAAUAAAUAUGGAUCAGUGGACGAAUUUCUUUCGAUUUUGCCAAGAGAUAAGCUUCCCGGACCUGAAUAAUUAUGAUUCAGAUGAAGCUUGGCCUUUAAUUCUGGAUAAUUAUGUUGACUGGACGAAACGACAAGACAAUGUGGCGACGACUGCAUAAAUCUGGUAAUCAUGCUUGGAAAAUCAUACAUGUCGUUGAUUGGAAUUCCUGAAUAUACUUGACAUGUAAUGUUGGCUGUAUAAUACGCCAUUCUUUCGAAAAAGUUUACUUCUGCAUCUGCUUCUUGUUUUUGUAUUUUUUCCUUGUCCUGUUCUGAUCAAUCAUAUUUUUACUUAUAAUGACAAGUUUAGAAUCGUCAUUUUGGCUUUUAUUAA